AUGGCGAUGAGCAGUGAGCCUGGCAUCCAAAGUCUGGAGUCCAGUUCUGAGGAACAGAGCAGUAGUCUCACAGACAUCUUAGCCGCCAUGUCCACGCAAGAUUUGGGUGGUUCUGUGAGGAAUGGACGUGCUCAGCUGGACAAAAGGACUCAACCAUCACGUCCUCAGUUGAGUGGGAGGAAGUUCUCUCUACAGGAGAGAGGAACAUACCUCUCAUCCGGAGGGGGCUACACACACGUCUCCCCUCGUGUGGCUCGGAGGCCCACAGUGGAGUCCAAACGUGUGUCCAUUUCGGACUCUCAGGAUUGUAUCCAGUUGAACCAGUAUAAAUUGAAGAGUGAAAUUGGAAAGGGAUCUUAUGGUGUGGUCAAACUGGCAUACAAUGAGGAUGAUGACAAACAUUAUGCCAUGAAAUUAGUGUCAAAGAAAAAGCUAAUGAAGCAGUGUGGUUUUCCUCGUCGUCCACCGCCAAGAGGACCCAAGGCUGUCCAAGGUGAACAGCCCAAAUUUUUGGGACCGUUGGAAAGAGUCUACCAGGAGAUUGCCAUCCUGAAAAAGCUCGAUCACGUCAACGUUGUUAAACUUGUGGAGGUGCUGGAUGAUCCUUCCGAGGACAACCUUCACAUGGUAUUCGAGUUGAUGCGCAAAGGACCAGUGAUGGAAGUACCCACAGACAAUCCUUUGUCAGAGGAACAGGCAAGAUUAUACUUCCGAGACGUCAUCCUUGGUAUAGAGUAUCUGCACUACCAGAAAAUUGUACACCGCGACAUCAAGCCUUCUAAUUUGUUACUUGGGGACGAUGGCCAUGUAAAGAUUGCAGAUUUCGGAGUGAGCAACCAGUUUGAGGGCAAAGACGCACUACUGUCCAGCACUGCUGGUACUCCUGCUUUUAUGGCACCGGAGACCUUGUCAGACAAACGCAAGAGCUUCAGUGGGAAAGCACUGGAUGUUUGGGCCAUGGGAGUCACCCUUUACUGUUUCAUCUUUGGAAAGUGCCCAUUUAUUGACGAAUACAUAUUGGCUUUACACAACAAGAUAAGGACCAAACCUGUGGAUUUCCCGGAAACAACAAAAAUCAAGGAAGAACUGCGAACUUUGAUCUUGAGAAUGCUGGACAAGAACCCGGACACCCGGAUCACUAUUGCUGAGAUCAAGGUGGACCAAUGGGUGACUCAGGGGGGCUCUGACCCUCUCCCCCUGGAAGAGGAACACUGUUCAGUGGUAGAGGUGACCGAAGAGGACAUCAAGAACUCAGUCAAGUUUGUACCCAGCCUGUCUGCUGUGAUCUUGGUCAAAGCCAUGUUGAGGAAACGUUCCUUCAGUAAUCCAUUUGAGUGUCCUAGUCGGAAGGAGGAGAGAUCUAUGUCUGCACCCAGCAGCCUGCUCAUGGACUCUAGGCCUUUCCGGCCAUCUUUAAAACUGCACCCAUCACUCAGAAAGAGCAGCACUGGUGACGGGCCCAGGGAAGGCGAACUGGAGGAUCUGCAUGAAGAUGAAGCUUCCUCUUGA